CUCAAAUUCUCUCCAUGGCUAUCACUAGAGUCUUGUGCCUUAGCUUUCUUCUCCUUGUAGGGUUCGGUUUAGCUUCGGCUGCCCGAACCCUUCUUGAUUAUGAUCCCCGAACACGUCACUAUGGUUACGAUCGCCCUAACCCUAGAGAAGGGUACGAUUCGGGGCAUCGUGACGAAUCCUAUGAUAAUGUAUAUGGAGGAAGAUCGGGUGGAGGAUAUGGAGUCGGAGGGUCGGCUCUUGGAGGUUCAGGCUAUGGAAGUGGUGGAGUAAGGGGUUCGGGAUAUGGUAACGGUGGAGGAAAUGCAUACGGAGGAGGGGUUAGCUCCGGCGUAGGAGGAGCAGGAUAUGGAAGUGGGAGUAGAUAUGGAGGUGGAGAAGAUCAUGGUGUUGGUUACGGUGGUGGGCGAAGUGGAGGUUAUGAAAAUGGAGGCAAUGGUGGGUAUGGGCAAGGAAGAGAUCAUGAUAUCGGCUAUGGAAGUAGAAAUGGAAAUGGAAAUGGAAAUGGAAAUGGGUAUGGAGAUUCCCAUGGAUAUGGAAAUGGUGGAGGAGUCGACGGUGGGUAUGGAAGGGGAGACGGAGUAGGAGGCCAUGCUGGUGGUUCUGGCAUUGGCGCCGGCGGUGGUUACGGAGGCCAUGCUGGUGGUUCUGGAAUUGGGGCCGGCGGAGCUUACGGCAGUGGAGGAGCUCACGGAGGAGAACAUGAUAAUAGCAAAGGAAGUGGAGAAGAAGGAGGUUAUGACGGUGGAUAUGCACUCACAAACUCCAUCUCAAACAAGAACUGGUCAGCUAGUGAAAUUCUGAAAUUGUGGAGUACCGAGCAAGCAGGAAACAAGAGAGACCAAUGGAUUCAUUCUAGGCAUCCUCAAAUUCUCUCCAUGGCUAUCACUAGAGUCUUGUGCCUUAGCUUUCUUCUCCUUGUAGGGUUGGGUUUAGCUUCGGCUGCCCGAACCCUUCUUGAUUAUGAUCCCCGAACACAUCACUAUGGUUACGAUCGCCCUAACCCUAGAGAAGGGUACGAUUCGGGGCAUCGUGACGAAUCCUAUGAUAAUGUAUAUGGAGGAAGAUCGGGUGGAGGAUAUGGAGUCGGAGGGUCGGCUCUUGGAGGUUCAGGCUAUGGAAGUGGUGGAGUAAGGGGUUCGGGAUAUGGUAACGGUGGAGGAAAUGCAUACGGAGGAGGGGUUAGCUCCGGCGUAGGAGGAGCAGGAUAUGGAAGUGGGAGUAGAUAUGGAGGUGGAGAAGAUCAUGGUGUUGGUUACGGUGGUGGGCGAAGUGGAGGUUAUGAAAAUGGAGGCAAUGGUGGGUAUGGGCAAGGAAGAGAUCAUGAUAUCGGCUAUGGAAGUAGAAAUGGAAAUGGAAAUGGAAAUGGAAAUGGGUAUGGAGAUUCCCAUGGAUAUGGAAAUGGUGGAGGAGUCGACGGUGGGUAUGGAAGGGGAGACGGAGUAGGAGGCCAUGCAGGUGGUUCUGGCAUUGGCGCCGGCGGUGGUUACGGAGGCCAUGCUGGUGGUUCUGGAAUUGGGGCCGGCGGAGCUUACGGCAGUGGAGGAGCUCACGGAGGAGAACAUGAUAAUAGCAAAGGAAGUGGAGAAGAAGGAGGUUAUGACGGUGGAUAUGCACUCACAAACUCCAUCUCAAACAAGAAUUGAAACCCUUCUUGAGUAUUAACCCAAUAUUCAUUAUGUCAACAAAAUAAAGAAAUUGGGUUAGAGAAUGUUGUUUUCUGAAUCUAUGUCCAAACUGUUUUUAAUGUAUGUCAAAUUGGAAUUAAUAA